AUUAAUGAGAUGACUACACACUAAACUAACCAAACCAAUUAAAAACACUAUACAAUGGAACCCAUCGCCGACGGUUCAUCCACCACAGCGGCGACUCCAGCCGCGGCCUCAUCCGCCAUCUCGCAGUGGAAAUUCGCGGUUUCGCAGCGGUUCCAGCACUUCCUAGAUAAGUCAACACCGUACUUGCUGUACCGUUGGAUCGCGUUCCUCUGCAUCGCAUUGAUCUAUGGAGUCCGGGUGUACCUGGUCCAGGGAUUCUACGUUGUUUCCUACGCCCUCGGCAUCUACCUCCUCAAUUUGUUCAUCGGAUUCCUCUCGCCGCAGGACGACCCCGAAUUCGACGCCACGCUCCCUAUUCGGAACUCCGAAGAGUUCCGCCCCUUCGUCCGCCGCCUUCCCGAAUUCAAAUUCUGGUAUUCAAUCACCAAAGCGUUCUGCAUUGCUUUCGUGCUGACAUUCUUCAGCGUGUUUGAUGUACCUGUGUUUUGGCCAAUACUUCUCUUCUACUGGGUCAUGCUGUGCACACUAAUGCUAAGGAGACAGAUACUUCAUAUGAUGAAGUAUAAAUAUGUUCCAUUUUCUACUGGGAAGCAGAAAUAUGGCGGAAAGAGGGACUCCUCUCCCGAGAGAGAAAGCUUGAAUACUUAGUUGAAAAUUCAUGGGAAGAGUUUGCGCUUCCCCCGGCCAAUUGAAGUUUUCUUUGCUAUGCUGCAGAGGAAAAUUCGUAUGCCGCAGGAAUGCAGAUGCGUGAUCUGACUAUGAAAGUUGAAAUGAUAUAACCAGCAACGAGCUUGUUUUGUUAUUUAUUUUUAUUUAUAAAUUUUAUAUGUUGUGUAGACUAGUGAAGAAAAUUUUAACUCAUAAUGUUGGAGCUAUGCAUAAUUCGACUUCUUAUACUUAGUACUGUAUAUCCAGCUACUUGAGAUGAACCAUAACACCAUCGUUUUGAAAUAUUGUGGUAUUCAUUUAGUAUUA